AUGUCUUUCUCAAUCUUUGAGCGAAGACUAGCUCUGCGGACGGUCAAGGCGCUGUCAAAUCAGAGAACCAGCUCUGCGGCCAAUGCCAGAAAAGCGUACUCGUCCAGUCUCCAAGCACGUCGGUCUGAACGUGUCUCAGCCUUCACUCAUUUGGUCUUUGCAGCCGGUGCGACCGGUUUACUGGGUUCUUAUUUCUUCUACUCGGCGCCCGUCGCUCAUGCUGAGGCGCCUCCGGCUGGCAGGACUAUCCGCUUGAGUGAAGUCAGAAAACAUGGCGCUAAAGCGGAACGCCGCUGGGUGGUGAAAGGCAGCAAAGUGUAUGACAUCACAGACUGGAUUCCCAAUCACCCGGGAGGAGAGGUCAUCCUUCGCGCUGUAGGGGGGGUCAUCGACCCAUAUUGGGAGAUUUUCACAAUUCAUAAGAAAAAGGAUGUCUAUGAUAUUUUGGAGCAGUACUACGUCGGUGACCUAGACCCUCGUGAUCUCAUUGACGGCAAGGUACCUUCAAACGAUAUCGAGGAUCCAUUUCAGACCGAUCCCCAGCGGGAUUCGCGUUUAGUCGUCCAUAGCAGUCGUCCUUUCAACGCUGAAACCGCCCCCACCGAUCUCGCAACCUUUAUCACCCCGAACAACACUUUCUACGUCCGACACCAUUUGUGGGUACCCCAGAUAGAUCCAAAAUCCCACAAGCUGCAGAUAGAGUUACCUGAUGGAGAAGAACUCGAGUAUUCUAUGGAGGAUUUGAAAACCAAGGUGGGUCACGGAACAACCUUCAAGCCAGUGACAGUCACAUGUACAUUGCAAUGCUCUGGCAAUCGCCGCCAACAUAUGAACGAGGAAGCGCGAGCUACGAACGGGUUGCCGUGGGACGUUGGAGCAAUCUCGAACGCCGUAUGGACCGGUGUCCGACUCCGAGACGUACUUGCUGAUGCCGGCUUUGAUGUCAAUGAGUAUGAUGACAGCGGCGUCAGGCAUGCUCAAUUUCAAGGUGCAGAGGCCUAUGGUGCUUCGAUACCCAUUGAAAAAGCCGUCGGAAGACGAGAGGAUGUCUUGCUUGUCUAUGAGAUGAAUGGCGAACCAUUGCCCGCCGAUCACGGCUAUCCACUGCGCGUAUUAGUGCCCGGAAAUGUCGCGGCACGGAGUGUGAAGUGGCUCAAACGAAUAGUUCUCUCAGAUGAGGAGUCUCAAUCUCAAUGGCAACAGCGCGACUACAAGUGCUUUGGACCCAAUCAAGGCGGUCAAAAUGUCGACUGGUCAAAGGCUCCUGCCAUUCAGGAGAUGCCAGUGCAAAGCGUAAUCACCUCUCUUCGAAACGCCUCUCCUCGGUCGGCAGAUGACCAAAAGCUUCUUCGUGUUUAUGGCAUGGAGGAAGAUGCCGUUGAGGUUGAGGGUUACGCCUUUGCUGGUGGCGGUCGAAGGAUCAUCAGAGUGGACAUCAGCCCAGAUGACGGUCGGUCAUGGUACCAGGCCGAACUGAUCCCUGAAGAGACGCAUGGCAACAAGUCUUGGGCAUGGACUCGUUGGAGGUGGCUAGUACCAAGGCGUCUCGCGGGGAGACAAUUCGUGGUCAAGGCUGUUGAUGAAGGAUAUAAUGUUCAGCCGGAGUCAUACGAACCUCACUAUAACUUUCGCGGCAAUCUAACGAGUGGGUGGCAUCGAGUGCCCUAUUCAAAGCAGCGCCGCGAUUGA